AGGUGCAGAAGUGAAGAGGAAGUAGUGUGGGAAGCAGCACCCUCAAAUCAAAAACUAGGAAUUUGAGAGUCACAGACGUGGGGUUUGAGAAAAAUCCGCCGACCCUUAUGCCGCUCCGACUUUCGCAUUCCUUUUCCUUUGAUCUUCUAUCACCUUCAAUUCUAUAUUUAUUCUCCUCUGCCAGCUAACAAUCCCGAUACAUACAAUCACAUUUUUAUAUACAUAUUUAUAUCUCUUGAUAACUACUUAAAGACUUCUUUAAAGUAUUUUCAAUAUCUUCUUGUUUAAAAAAUUGAAUGAAACCCAUCAUUAUUAAUAUUUAGUCUAACUGUAUGAAUCUCUACAUAUAUAUAGGUCUUGUAUGGAAGUUGUUUUUCUGCAUAUAUGUAUGCCUUCGAACUAUUAGCUUGAACUAGUCUAGCUCUAUCCCUUCUUCCAAUGGCACUUGCAAAGGAUCCUAUCUGCUCCGUUCAAACCUCAACCUUGUUGGAGGAUGGUUCUGAUGGUUUCAUUUUCCAGGCUGUGCAUUAUCAACCUGAGCAACCUCAUUCUUUGAUAAACUUCAAGGACUCAGGGUAUGAUAACUUCAUUCAUAGCACUAAUGGAUCUUUGCUUAGCUUUGAACAAAAUGAGAAGGGUCGGCAGCACACUACUUGCUUGAGAACUAGUGGUUACAAACAUGGUCACUCAAUGGUGGACCAAUGGGAUCCUCGGGCUGUGGAAGAUUUUAGCUGCUUUGAAACUGCUAGCAAUGGAGAUUGGCUAUACUACGAUGAAGCUGUGUUUGCUGAUAGCAGCAGCAUCCAGGAUCCAGGCUCACCAGCAGCUGAUCUCAAGCGUCCCCAUAUGGGAGGGAGCAAUCAAGCUUUGAAGAAACAAUGCACUAAUGAAACUAAAAAGGGAAAAACUAAGUCAGAACCAUCAAAGGAACCCCAAAGUAUUGCGGCCAAGAAUCGCCGUGAGAGGAUUAGUGAAAGGUUGAAGAUACUACAAGAACUGGUACCCAAUGGCUCCAAGGUUGAUCUGGUUACCAUGCUAGAGAAAGCAAUUAGCUAUGUCAAGUUUCUUCAGUUGCAAGUAAAGGUGUUGGCAACAGAUGAAUUUUGGCCUGUUCAAGGUGGGAAAGCACCUGAUAUUUCUCAAGUAAGAGAAGCCAUUGAUGCUAUACUUUCAUCCCAGAAACAAAGGAACUCCACUUCAGAAUAGAGGGUUGUGGCAGAAGAUUCUUAAAACACAAUUUUAGAUUAAUAUUAGUAUAAUUCCAAGUUUCUGGGCAAAGAAAAGUUCAGUUUUUGAAUGUUAGUGAUGCUGAGUGAAACAAACAAAAAGAUUGAGAAUCUGAUUGGAGCAAAAUUGAAGGUAUUAUUUGUAUUUGUAAUGGAAAUUUUCAUUUAUUUAUCUAAUUUUAAACUAAGAUAUUCAUUCUUAUCUUAGUUUCAUUUCA